CCUCUCUCCCUCAGUCGGUGUGGCUCCGUUCUCUACCUGACAGCUCAUCGUAAGACACGCACAGAACCAAGUCCCGGGCUUCUCACUAGAGAUAAAGGGCCGCGCAGGUCUGGGUAUUUGGAGUCUGGGCAGUAUACUGACCGGCUGUUGUCCUGAGCGUCCAGAUACACACAGCGGCAUGGAGCGCUCCUGAUCUCUGCAGGAGAGCUCAGCCAUUCUUCCCUCGUCACAUCUUGGAUCUUGUUUGGAUAUUUGGAGACCUGGCCAUGUCGGCGAGAGAGAAGGGGAUCCUGACCAAAGACAGUGUCAGCCUGCUGCCCUGUUUUUAUUUUGUAGAGCUGCCAAUCCUGGUAUCGUCUUUGGUCAGUCUGUACUUCCUGGAGUGGACGGAUGUGUUCAAGCCGGUGAAGUCUGGCUUCAACUGCCAUGAUCGCAGCCUGAGCCUGCCCUACAUCGACCCGAACCACGAGGUCAUCCCCCUGCUGAUGCUGCUCAGCCUGGCCUUCGCCGGACCUGCCAUCACGAUAAUGAUUGGAGAGGCCAUCCUGUUCUGCUGUCUGUCUCAGAGGAAGAGUGGUGCUGGGGCCGAGGCCAACAUCAACGCUGCUGGCUGCAACUUCAACUCCUUCAUACGCAGAGCCGUCCGCUUUGUUGGCGUUCAUGCGUUCGGACUUUGUGCCACGGCCCUUAUCACUGACAUCCUCCAACUGAUGACAGGUUACCCAACACCCUACUUUCUCACUGUGUGUAAACCCAACUACACCACACUCAAUGUCAGCUGUGAGCAGAACCCCUAUGUUAUGGAGGAUAUCUGCUCAGGGGCCGAUUCCGCAGCCAUCAACCAGGGCAGGAAAUCCUUCCCGUCGCAGCACGCUACCCUUGCAUCCUUUGCUGCUGUCUAUAUUUCGAUGUACUUCAACAGCACGCUGACAGACUCAUCCAAGCUUCUCAAGCCCCUGCUGGUCUUCUCCUUCAUUAUCUGUGCCAUCAUUUGUGGUCUGACCCGGAUUAUUCAGUACAAGAACCACGCCAUUGACGUCUACCUGGGGUUCCUGCUGGGAGGAGCUAUUGCUGUCUACCUGGGGUUGUAUGCAGUUGGAAAUUUUCAGCCUAGUGAGGAGGCAAGUGCCAUCCCCUCUCCACUGCUACACCGCCCCCCCUGCUCCUUGCCCCACAUAAGCCAGGAGGCCAUACUCCAUCACCUGCAAAUGAAAGCCAGCAUGUCUGGGGAGCUCGGCAUACCCACCUCCCAUUCUGAGGGCCUCCUCCACCGAGGCCUUCAACAGCAGAGACCUGAUGAGAGUCUGAAGCGCUCCAGUGCAGAUGUGGAAGUGAUCUCCCCCCGCAGCCCUCAGAGCAAAGACGCCAUGGUGACAUUUAGCCACACCCUUCCUCGGGUUCACACCCCCCAGGCUAUGGCAGCGUAUGAGGAAGCAGCCAGACGUCACGCUGCCACCCUCCACCAUGCCUCCAUGGAUUCCAGCCGCUCAAAGCAGCUUCUGUCUCAAUGGAAAAGUAAGAACAACCACAAAUGCUCCCUGCAGAUUCCAGACUCCUCCUCCUCUGUAGAUUCGUCAUCUGGCCAGUCCUCCCAGCAUCCGCACCACCAUGGCAGCAUGGAGCUCCGAUCAAGCUCUGAGCCAUCGGCUAUGGGCCUGAAUGGAGGCUUUGAUGGUCAUGCAUACAUGCCCAAACUGGCCACAGGUGCUAGUACCACCCUGCCCAGUAACUGUAGUGGCAUCACCGGAGGGGCCAGGAUAUCCAUGCAAUCUAGACCUGGAUCUUCACAGCUGGUCCACAUACCAGAGGAAGCUCAUGAGAAUAACAAUACCACCUCCCCAAGGAUGGGGGGAGGAGGAGGAAGUGAGGGGAUGUCAACAUUAAAUAGCACAGUUCAGGCUAACUGGCAAAGGGCAGCAGAGAAGACUACAGCCUGCAGGACUAAUGAUAAUGGGCAGAACACCCAGCCACGAAUCAUGCAAGUGAUUGCUAUGUCCAAGCAGCAGAGCCUACUACAGACCCAUUCCAAGAGUUUAGAUGAGAGCAGCAUUGGCUGCAGCACCACUGGGAGUUGCCAGGGCUCUGCUCGCUACAGGGCACUAACUGAUCAAGACCCCACUAGCACCAUGGGGCCCAGCGCACUGGGUAGCACCACAGGCAGUAUUUCAGGGAGUACUGGAGCAAUUGUCAGAGUAGACGCCCAUCCUGGAAACAACAGGCCUGUGAUCCAAGCUCCAUCCACAGAUGGAAGCGGAUCAUGGAGGUGGCGGUCCCUGGAUCAUGGCACUGGAGCUGGUGGAGGUACAGGGACUAGUGGAGCAGGAGGAGGAUCAGGAGGAGGAGGUGGGAGUUUGAGGCAGUCCUUUGAGCUCAACGAUCUAAACAGAGACUCAGAAAGCUCAGACUCGAUACGUGAAGGGUCCAUUGACAGGAAGCGUGCCAAUCAUACUGUUACCACCACUGCCACCGUUAGCAGCCCGCCCAUAGUUACUGUUCACACCCAGAACACCAGCCAGUCAGAGCAGAGGCUUCACCCUCAGGGCCUCUCUACAAUAAGGGUCACUCCAGGGGAUGGUAGUGGUUCUGCAUCUGGACGAGGUGGAGGCGGAGGAGGAGGUGGAGAGACAGCUUCUGAAACCCCCUCAGUCGCCUCCAGUCGUGAGUCCACACUGCGGAGAAAAGGCAAUAAUAUCAUCCUGAUUCCAGAGAGAGCCAACAGCCCUGAUAAUGCCCGGAACAUUUUCUACAAAGGAACGUCGAUAACUCCUGUUUUCAAGGAAUAACUAAAUGACUGGAGACUUCUGAGAAGAUGUAGCUAAUAAUGCAAGAUGGCUGGAUUUUCAGAGAACCCCAUAUCUGCGACAACAGUCAGUUUUACCUGCCAUUGUAUAUAUCAUAAAAACUUCAAAUGAAAAGGUUUUAUUCAGCAUGAGAUUUUUGUACAUGUUUACACUAAAUCACAACCUUUCCAGUAUUGUUGAAAUAAUCACUGUGUACUUUUGUGGUCACUCCUAAGGAAACCUAUUGUAAUGUUGAUGCUGUGCCAGUGCUUUGGGGAUGGGAGAGCCUUUUUUAAACAGUUCCAUAUGUUUUGGAUAGAAAUCAUCACAAAAAAGAAAAAAGCAAUCAGCACAGUAACGUUUAAACUGUAGCAAACUACAGCAAAAUAAUUGUAUCAUAGCUGUGAAACCAGUGUUUACUUCCCUGCACUGUAAAUAUUGUGUAUGUUUGAAAAGGGUGCUACACCAGAAAAUACUAUUUACCAUAUAACAUACUGUAUAAUUUGAAUAGAUAAAGAAUUAAUUAUUUUACAAAGAGUGAACAACAAUGACAUUAAUAUGUGACAGAGAUAUGUUUUGUAUUUUGGCUCUUUUCUGUACAGAUAUCACAUACUCAACAGAAUACUGUUUGGAACCAUAAGUGUGCUUAGCAUUCCUUCUGUAGCUUUGAAGUCGAAUUUGCUGUGACUUGCACUGAAUUAUGCGUUUACUGUACCUUGUAUACUGUAAACCCUGACCUUACUCUUUAUAUCCUGUACUUACAUUUGGACGUCCAUGUCAAUCCCAUAUCUACAGCACAAAAAAGCAGCAAAACAGUGGAAUAUUCUUUAUACUGUAAGAUAAUUAAAACUCAAUGCAAUACUUGACCUCAAGCUUCCCAAUUGAAUUUGAUAGGUUUCAAUCUGCUUAAAAGCUGUCUUUGUAGCUUUCAAAUUAACAUUUUGCAAAAUACACUUGCUGCUGUCAAAUCCACAGCCAAAUCCUAACAUUAACAGACUCACAAAGUGGGGUAAUUAUUUGGGUGUCCAAGGUUCCCAAAAACUAUGUCUAUGCAUUUUUGCAUGACGGGCAGUUGGAGCACUUCCAGGGCUUGGAUGGGCAUGGAACUCUCCCAGUUAAGCCACAAAAGAUGAACAAAUGCUAUACCAAAAGAAAAGAAAAGACGCAAUUUUUCAGAAGCAAAGUUGAAAUAGUUAAAACUGAUGGCCAUAACAUACACUUAUAGCAUUGUUGAAAAAACUUUACCACAAGUUCAAACAUAUCUCAUUUUUUCAUUCUAUUCAUGUUGCUUUGUCAUGAUGCAAAGUUGUUGGAAGGUAUUUUCCCCCCUUUAGAUAGAGGCUACCAGUUUCCCCUUUCUUCCUGUCUUUCUGCUAAGCUAGGCUAAAUAUAUCUAUUUCUGUACUAGACACAGAGAGACUACAAUUGAUCUUCUUGUCUGCCUUAUGCACUUGAAGAACAACACUUUCUUCCAGCUUUGUGCUGUAAUUAACUUUUGUGCCAUAAAGCAACCAGCAGAUUUUCUACCAAAUCCAACCCAGUGUAUCAAAUGCUAUGUACAGGCCAGCAGAGGCUGCCAGUUCUCUCAGCAACCAUCUGGUUUGUUUAUGGUGAUAAUAGUUAUCUCAAAUUAAUAUGUUUUUCUUUGUUUUGUUUUUUUUAAAUUGAUACACAGUAUGUACAGGAUAGUGACUGUUGGAAAAAAGUUGAGCGAUUACAAAAUCUGUUGUUGACAGUAGUUUACAUUAUGGUGCACCUCAUUAAUUAGUAUCUCAGUGGUUAAAUAAGCACCCACAGUAUACAAAUGGCACCAAAUGUCCUUUGCCAAAUUGACUAUUUGAGAACAUUUGCCAAAGCUAGAAUUUUCAUAGAAAAAAAUAUAAAUCAUCAUAAUUUUCAGUAUUUGUAUAGCAAACCUGCAUUAUAUUGUACAUGAUUUAUUCUUUACCCCAAUAAUAUUUGCAUGGUCACUUUUAUGUAGUGCAUAUCACAACAUUUUUAUCAUAAAUGUGCUUUUAUUUUGAAAUUACACAAGCGUUUAACAGUAUGUUCUUUAUUUCAGUGUUUCAUAGUGAGUUUUUUUUUAUCUAAGUACUGUUGUCGCUUCAGGUCAUUGUUACAGGCUGGCUUUUUUUGCUUAAAUGAAGCUGCCACUCACUGCAUCAUAAAAAAUUGUAAUGUGUACGUAAUUUAACAAACAUGUAAAAAAAAUAAAAAUAAUAGCUGAGGUUUUGAUUCAUACUGAAACAAACUCUCGAAAAGAAAGUAAUCUAGGGGGACUGAAUAUUUGAAAUACAAUCUUUUGUCGUAUUUAAACCGUUAAAUCACUAGAUUUGGUUUUAAACUGUACCUCACAAUAAUUUCUUGCCCCCACUAUCAUCACAAUAAUAAGUAGUUUUGACUGCUCUCGAAAUGUCAAAACAUGAAACAUGAGUUACCACUGGGUAUUGUUAGAAUUUGUGGAACACAAUCCAAUGAAGAUUUAAUUUUAGCAUGAGUUAACUAGGAUUGUGUGAUUUGUUAGACUUUUGACUUCAGAUAUGCUAGCCAGCAUGGCCAAUAGUUGUUCUUCACUGUCAUACUGAGGUGCAUUUUAUAGAGACGGCUUUCCUUUAAAAUAAACACUUACACUUAGACUGGCUACCAUACAGUAUAAUGUUUAAUGCAAGCCUUAGAAAGACAAUGUGUUUCAAUGGCAGUCAAAUAUUCUAUUCAGCUGUUUUUUCUUUGAAGAUAUACUCGCAAAGCACUAUACAGUUACAAUCAUAAACAGUACAAUAUAGCUGAGUAGGACAGAAGUAACAGUUUCUUCGGGAGAAACACCCUCUCCUAAAUGAUCUUUUCCAAUGCAAUGCUACAAUGAUAACAGUAAAGAUAAUUACUGGUACUGGUACUUAACUAUCUUAAUGAAAAACACUAUAUUUUUCUUUUGACUAUGUUUUUCUUAUUGUCAGCAAAUCCUGUGAAAAAAACAAAAAACAACAAUGUGUUAGUCCCUCUCUCAUUAUUUUCUGCAUUUCCUACUGUUUCUGUGGCUCUCCGCUCCUACCCCAUUGCUUCCUACUGAAUACACAUAAAUCUUUAAAAAAGGCUCAGUAACUUGGGGACUAUUUUUAGCGGAGGAAUAAUACAUGUGGUGCUCUAGUGAGUAUUUGGGACAGCAGGACAGUGUAUGUGGGAUUUAGUCAAAAUAAACUGUGUGUGUGUGUGUGUGUGUUCAUGGUAAUGAACGAUCAUGUCACCCAGUGCAACAAUGUGGCUCAUUGAUGUGUUUUUAAUAGUUCUUGGACAUGAGAAAAGAAGAUGCAGCACACUGCUCUUGCUCAGCAUCAUACUAACGUUUUGGUCCAUCUGGACCUUUGUCAAGAGUGUUUUAAACAAUUCUUAAAACACUGAUCUUAAAUAGAUAAUGCUCCACCCAUUCUGUGUGCACAGGUGUGGGACAAUUAUUCUCCUGUGGGGGUCCCCCCCUCCGGUGGAGGGUGAGGAAGGCUAGACUAUUUUUACUAAACUCUGAAAUAGUGUAUAAUAAUUAUGUUACAUUGUCAAAUAAACAUUUAAUUUGCAGCACAACAUUGUUAUAUCUGAAAAAUAAGUGAGAUCAGCAACAAAAAAAUGAAUGAGCAUUCAAGGGCACUUUUGGUCCAAGCUCUGUUCAUUUGUGACCCGGCCUCUUUCAUGCUGCUGUCACACUUUCUCUUUCCCCCCAUCUGCUGUAGAGAAUAUCAAUACAUUUAACAGACAGUUUCUAUUUAACUGGCACAGCUUUUCUAGCCUUUACAGCACUGAUUAGGCGGCCCGCGAGUUGAGUCAGUGAGUGAGGUAGGCUACACACACACACACACAAGGAGAGUAGAGACAAGACGAGUCCGAGAAAUAAUUUCACAUGAUGUACUCUAAAAAUAGAAAAGUAGACAGCGAAAACAGAACUUUUAAUCAAGAAUGAACAGAUGCCAUUCAAUCUUCCCACAAGCAGUUCAAGACAAGUAUAUCUCAUAUGUUCAGAGAUUGUGGUGAUUAAUAGCGGCAAUGUGAAGCGCCACUACGAGACAAAGCACAGAGCAUCUUUUGAGCAGUUUACAAGAGGGACAGAUUUUGGUCAUUUUGCUAACAAGGGGGAUGGCAUCCCCCCUCAUCCUCCCUCAAAUCGCCUACUGCAAAUAAGAAAAAUAAAAAGAAAGAGAAAAGAAAGACAGGAAAACUACAACACAUAAAGUCUAUUUACAAGAAUAUUUCCAGAAAUUGCACAUCUGAUGAAUGAAAACAUUGCCUUGUAGCUUUCGUAAGUCAUUCCAAGUUGUGUAAUCAUAUGUACUACUUGUAUUAUGAGUGUAACUUAAGUAGGUCUAUAGAAUCCCAAAACUCCUUAGAGCAUGACCUGCCAUGGAAUGGCAUCGUUCAAUCCUUUGGGGGAUAAAGUUUGCAAAUUAAAUAUCCAGUAUACUUCUAUUAAGUAUUUCAUCAAUGAUGCCACCUCUCUCUGGCAGAGUCACUUUUUAAAUUCCCUGGAAACUAAAUGAUGAGAUAUCAUGUUUGAAGUCAUUGACUUCUUGACGGAGGUCCAAAGGGAUCUAAAUGUUAGUGUGAUCAAUAAAUUGUGAUGCUGAGCAAGAGCAGUGUGCAGGAUCUUUUCUCAAGACUGAAGUGAUACUUUCCGAUGCACCUGCAGCUGAUAUAGUUGGAUGUGUGAAUAUCUCCUUUGAAAAAAUUGUUUUUGGACAACAAUGGAGCUCUAAGGAACAGAGGAAUAAGAUAUAUCAGGCUUUGGAUACACACAGUAAUUGUUAGUAGGAUCAAUUCAUUGUUGGUUUGGGUCUGCACAUGGAAUUUGAUGAAUUGUUCUCUUCUGCUUUCUUACACUGCAACCUAACCUGCAGACCAACACGAAUCAAACUCCCUUUACGAUGACACAUAGAAAUAACAGAAAUCCUCCAAAGUAACAUAUCUAAUAUAUAGAUUGGAUAUAAAUAAAAAAGAUAUGAUGUGAAUAUUUCUGUGGCAUUGUUUUAAAUGAUUUGUCUGAUUCAGAGUCUGUCGCAAAGGCUGGUGAAAUCAAAGAGUGUAAUGUGACACAUGGGUAGAAAUGUAGAUCCAAUGUGAAUGGAUGCUCUCUGCAUGUGUUGCCCCCUGUGUUAUCCCUGGAUGAAUAAUUAAUGUUUUCUGAUACUGUGAUCAGCUGUAUGAAUUCUAUGCAGCAAGAAAAGAAACUGUAAAAAUGGAUUUAUUUGAAGGGGUGUGCAUAAGAUUGACAUGACACUGUCAUAACCAUUACAUGACAUCUGUCAUGAACAUGAAGGAGUCUUAUGAAAGUUUAUGUCGUGUCAUUCAGUCAAUUAUGUCACUGUUAAUGCAAAGUUGACAUUGUUGUUGAUGUUGAAAUGUCUUUGUUAUGACAACUUGACACCAAGAAAACAUGCCAUAGUAGGUCUAAUUAUCAAACUUAAAGAAACUAUUUAGCUUAAUGUGUUAACAGUACAUUACACUGUCUUAUGUGAUUGGUUUUGAAAUUGGCCUUCAUGAGACCAUUAUAGAAGAUGUCAUUAAGUUUAAUUACACUGUCAAAUGCUUUUAUAAUGGUGUCUUGAAUAACUCCCUGACCUCAAGUGAAGUGGUAGCAUUUGAUGACAGAGAACAGUACCGAGGUGAUCUACAGCGUUUCCUGAUGGACAGAUAGCUUUAUUUGUUGCUAAAGUAAUGUUAGCUAACCUAACCACAUUGGUGGUGGUUGAGAAGAGUUGGUGGCAGGCUGCACGGUUAACAGAGCUAACUAGCUAAUGGCAGCUAACAGUUACAGUUAGCAGCAGUUAGGGGUUUUAAUAAUAAUAAUGAUGGAUUACAUUUAUAUAAUGUUAGCGCUUUAUGUUGAUGAAUUCUUCAUGACACCGUUAUAAAAGCAUUUGACAGUGUGAUGAAACUUAAUGACAUCUUUAUGACAAGUUCAAAUGCUUCCACUUUACUUGAGGUCAAGGGAAUUAUUCAUGACACAAUUAUAAUGUCUUAUGACAGCCAAUGUCAGAACCAACCGCAUAUGACAGUAUAAUGUAAUGGUAACACAAAGCUAAAUAGUUUCUUUAAGUUUGAUAAUUAGGACUGCUAUGGCAUGUUUAUGAGAAGUUAAGUUUUCUAGGUUAAAGUCAAGUUGUCAUAACAAAGACAUUUUUGUCUUGGUUAAUGACAACUUAUUAUAACAAAAACAAUUUUGUCUUGGUUAAUGUCAAGUUGUCAUGAAGACAUUGUUGUCUUGGUUAAUGUCAAACAACGUCAACUUGCAUUAAAAGUGACACAAUUGACCGAAUGAUACUUACUGACAACAGUCAAAAACAUUCAUAAAGAAGAAGUGUCUUAUGAAAUAAAUUACUUCAAAUAAAGUGUUAUUGGAUUAGUUGAGUUCAAAAAGAAAAAAAAGGCUCAAUAGUUAAGUUUUUGUGUAACAGUCAAAAUAGCAAAGUAUUAAUUGCUUAAAGACAGUUGAACCUAGCAAUCACACUGAGUAUUCCGAGCACGCUGAUCAGGGUAGAUGACAAAUUGUGCAUUGUCCAAAUGAUUGGAAUAAAUGUUUGCUAUUGAAACCAA